UGUGUCCACAGUGGUACAUGGUUAAAAACGGCAAACUCGGACGCCACGUAUACAUUAUGCAAAAAUAGGUCUUUAAAAGUAAAGUCUUGUCUGGUCGCGAAAUCUUAGUUGUUGUUGUUUUUUUAGUAAUUUUAGCGUGUGUCUUUUAAAGUCGCCAGAAGAAAACAGCACAUUUCUUUUGCUUUGAAACAAACAAGGGGUGGGAACAGAAGUUUCCAACUUCGUCUGCAGAAGUUGAGCGCAAAGUUAACUUCUAACACAAGUAAACAUGAGUGAAGCAGACCAGCAACGGGAUGAGAUGCCUGCAUACCUGCAGGAUGAGCCUCCCACAGAUACCAAUAAAGACCAUCCCCAGCCCCAGCCUGGCAUGUUCUCCAGGGUGGCUGGUGGUCUGUUCAGUGUCACAAAGGGUGCUGUCGGGGCCACGGUGGGUGGAGUUGCCUGGGUUGGAGGGAAGAGCUUCAAUCUCACAAAAACUGCGGUUACCUCGGUUGCCUCUGUGCCAGCGAUGGGGGUGGGGCUUGUGAAGGGCAGCGUGUCUGCUGUGGCAGGCGGCGUGACUGCUGUCGGCUCUGCCGUUGCCAGUAAAGUUCCCAUUGGUGGAGGCAAGAAGAAGGACAAGUCUGAUUGAAUCAUGUGGCUCGGAGGCUUCUGCAUUAUGUCUUCUUGUUUGACUCCUAAGCGAGUCAUAUUGGAGUUCAUGCUCCGUGUUACGAGCAUAUUUGGACCAUAUCCGUCUGCCUGACCAGACCAAUAAGAUGACAUUCGUAAGAUGGUGGGCCUUGCUCAACACAAGAACCUUUUGUCUUUGUGUGUUCUUACAGGAAUAUGACAAUAAGUGGGCGUUGUAUUCAGAGUUAUGCCCAAACUGUUUAUGUCUGAAGUAUUACAUUUUUGACAAGAGAUGGGUGUGUGCGUGAAUUCUAAAUGUUCUGUUUCUGUUUUACUGAGCACACAAAGGCACACCAUUUCAGGCUUUGCAUCUGUGACAGUAGACACAAAGAAUUCACAAACAGUUUACACACACCUAACAGUCAAAUUGCUGCAAGCCAAUCGGUGAAUUAAGAUGAAGAUCAAUCAAGUGUCCCUCGAGGUGCUGUGGGAGAAAAUCACAGACUGUGGGGUGCACUACUGAUGGUGGUGCUCUAUCUAUCUUAUUGAUAGUUUGUGAGAUUACUUACUUAGUGCCUUUGGGGUCCACGCUGAUCCAUGCUGCCCUCUCCCAUCAUGUGAAUGCUCUGUGUCCCCUUCAAAACACAGACCCUCAAACACAUACAUAUUCGCACAUUCUGGGCUGUUGUAUCGGGGAUUUUGUCUACUUUGAUGUAGAUUGUAGAACAACCCUGCUGAAAAAUACACCUUAAACCUGCCUAAGAUGGUUUGCUGGUCUAAGUUGGUUUAAAAUAGUCUCCCAGUUUGCCCGAGCUGGUGUUCUGCUGGUGGACCAGCUGGCCUGACCAGCUAGAAAGUGCCUAAUGCCCAUCUAAGACCAUAAAUCUGAAUGCUGUUAGUACUAAGGGAUUUUAGGGGAAAGUGUGCAUGUAUGUGUGUUAGAUUGACAGUCUUUAUUAAAACAAGUCUGUUUUGAUUACUUCAUCUACAGAUGUACUCCAUUACCCCAUUAGGUUGUCUGUACUUUUCUCUUUUCUGUGUGUCAUUCCAUCUUGUUUUUUCAAUUUCCUUUUUGUUUCUUUUGCUGUUUUCUCUAUAAUGUGAAAUUUGCAUGGGCCAACAAAGAACCACAUCCAGUGAGGUGGCAAAGUACAACACAGUAUUUGUUUUUAUCAAGUAUUUUUCUUUUUCCUUUACCAAAGAAUACGGAAGAAAAAAGUUCAUUGUAUUUGACGAUUUUUUGUGUGUUGUUAAUGUUCAUAUAAUGGAUACUUUAUGGUAUUCAGUGUACUCUCUCUUUUUAGUGUCAAUUUAUAGUUGUUUCUAGAUUGGUUUGAGGCAGUCCAUUUCAGUGUAUAAUGUGAAUUCAAAGGACUUAAUAAAUAAAUAACAUCA